AUGUCGACAACCACCGUCGUCUUGUACACCAUCGUUUGCAUGCUUCUUUCCAUGAUCGUCGCUGCUCAAGCCAACGACUUUGGCGGUGGCAAACCAAAGCAGACCAACCUCAUGGGGUUCGGCUCACCUGCUGGGUUCCCAAGCGGGAGCGGCCGGCAGUACGGGCACUGGAAGAUCGUCGUACAGACCGCCAUGGCUGUGCUUCUGCUGUCACUGCUUGUGAAAUGUUUGGCCUUGAUUAAUUUCAGAAUUCCAGUGCCAAAUCCAAAUCGACUAGCAGUAGACGACCCAACAACAUCACCGGCGGGCGAGCAAGAAGAACCCGUCCGCGGCUCCGCUCGCAGGCAACCUCGUAUUUCUUUUGCACAGAGGGCAGCCGAACCCAACCUCAUGGUGGAAGCAUGCAAGAACGCCUCGAGCUACAGCCUCAACCCAGAUAAUGUCGCGCAGGAAUUCUGCUUGUCGAUCCUCCGGUCAAACAAUCGGAGCUUCGAGGCUAAGGACCUCAAUAGCCUGGUACUCGUCGCCAUCGACAUCCUUAAAGGCCGCAUCGCUCCUGCUCGCGGAAAGGUUGAGAAAAUGCUACAAAAUGCCAAGAAGGGCACAGUGACGAUGCGCGCCCUCAGUUUUUGCAAGUUGGACUAUGAUGGCAUGGUGAGAGUCCUAAACAUAUGUGAUGCCAUGAUCAGGGACUACCACGGAGACAACAGCGGGCUACCGUCCUUUGAGCUACCUCGUUGCGUGGAGAGGGUGAUGAUCCCUGCCGAAAACUGCGGGUCUGAACUUGAGAGAGAUAUGCCAGGGGCGGAGGCUUUGGUCAAUGAAAAUGCUGAGCUGGUCAUGUUGGUCAAUCUCAACUAUGCCUUGCUAGCACAAUAUGAUGAUAAUUAA